GGCCCGGGCAGACGGCCGGGGGCGUCUCUACCGAGACUCUCUGUGGCCCCUGAGCGGCGAGGGCGAAGGCGAGGCUGAGUGGGACCGAAAUCAUGAACCGGAGUUUUCACAAAUCUCAGACCCUACGCUUCUACGACUGCAGCGCAGUGGAAGUCAAGAGCAAGUUUGGGGCCGAAUUCCGGAGGUUCUCCUUGGACCGCCAUAAGCCCGGGAAGUUUGAAGAUUUCUACCAGCUGGUCGUGCACACACACCACAUCCCUCACACGGACGUGACCAUCGGCUAUGCUGACGUGCACGGGGACCUGCUGCCCAUCAACAAUGAUGACAACUUCUGCAAGGCAGUAUCAAGUGCAAACCCCUUGCUUAGGGUCUUCAUCCAGAAGCGAGAAGAGGCAGACCACUACAGCUUCGGAACAGGUACUCUAUCGAGGAAGAAAAAGGUGCUGGUGACCCUGAGGGAUGAGGGCCUGCGUCGGCGGACACACCUCAACAUCAGCAUGCCACAUGACUUCCGCCCGGUGUCGUCCAUCAUUGAUGUGGACAUCCUCCCUGAGACACACCGCCGAGUGAGGCUCUACAGACAUGGCUGCGAAAAGCCGCUGGGCUUCUACAUUCGGGAUGGUACCAGCGUGCGUGUGACCCCCCACGGGCUAGAGAAAGUCCCGGGUAUCUUCAUUUCCCGGAUGGUGCCUGGGGGCCUUGCAGAGAGUACUGGGCUACUGGCUGUGAAUGACGAAGUCUUGGAGGUGAAUGGGAUUGAGGUAGCUGGAAAGACACUGGAUCAAGUCACAGACAUGAUGAUUGCCAACAGCCACAACCUCAUUGUCACCGUCAAGCCUGCCAACCAAAGGAACAAUGUGGUCCGCAGCAGCCGCACAUCUGGUAGCUCUGCCCAGUCCACAGACAGCACCACCAGUCACCACAGUCUGCCGGCCCCCCACGUCCUGCAGAAUUUCCACUCUGAAGACAUGGAGAGCGACGAGGAACCCGACAUCGUCAUUGAGGGGGCUCUGGAACCUCAGCACAUUCCCAAGACACAGGCCAUCCCUCCGGGCAGCCUCUCAAGGGCCAAUGGUACCAGCCUUGCCCACAGGCUGCACAGGGACAUGGUCCUGCAUAGCUCUGGGCGGGAGAGCAACGGCAGUAUCCACAGAUUUCUCAGCUCCCUGAAACCAGACCCCCGACAUAGCCUGGUCCUCCCUCAAGGAGGUGUGGAGGAGCACGGGCCAGCCAUCACUCUCUAGGACCUGAGCCACUUGGGCAGGCUGAGGUCCCUACAGACUGUGUGGCCCCAAGACCCAUGGGUGGCAAGUGCCGAGUAGCGUGUAGUACUUAGAUGUAUAGUGACUCCAAAGGGAAUACUUUACAUUUUUAUGUCAAUUUUAAAUAAGAAAAAUAAUUGUGUACUUUUUCCUUUUUUUUUUUCAUCAUCAUUCCUAAGUCCUAUUCUUUAUUUAAGCUUUUGGACAAGAAAACUGUCUAUUUUUAUAGGAUUUUUCCAUGGAACUUAAAAAUACACACACCUGCACAUAUUCUGAGCUCAGUGCGUGGCCAGAACCUUUGCAGAGUGAAACAAAAUACUAAAGUACAGGGAGUAUUUUUUAAAAUACUUGUUUUUAAAAUGAAGCUCUACAGAUAACUUUUUUAAAAUAGUAAAAUUCAUGUUUUUAACUAGUUCGUGUAAAACUAUCUUGUGAUGCUUGAGCGCUCUACAGACCCAGUGUGGCUAUGACAGGAAAACGGGAACUGUCUAAGGAUGGAUUUUCUCACAGAAGAACCUGUUUUCACAUUGUUUACAGCCAGCUCAGAAAGCCCACUGCCCUAUACCCCGGAGCCCCAGCCUCAGGUCGGCUGCCAUUGCUGUCAGCCUCUGACGGGGAGUUUAAGAAGCCGGCUGCUCUGCCGGCUGACAGUGAGCCCAGCGAGGCCACGUGGGAGUAAAAGCCAAUGUUUACAGCAGUGUUUUCCUUGGGUUGACUGACCAGCGCAGGUUUAAGAUGUCUUCAGCAGAAAUGAGGGACAAACACCACACCCCUAAAGCCCCACAGCGGUGGGGUGGGAUGUACGUGUUAGCUUUGCUUUGAAAACAGCUGCCUGUUUUUAUAAGAGGAGACUGGAGCAUGUCAGUGCACGCUGACUGGUGGUCAGGGGCAGGAACGCUCUUCUUUAAGGAGAACAAAUCACGUGAAUCUUAAUAGUUUUGACAGAUACUCUUUUCAGACCUUCUUAGAGGCUUAUUAUUGCCAGACCCAAUUAAAUUUUAUAUGAAUUGUGUUUUCUGUUUGGAUACAGUGUCGGGGAGAGAAUGACGUGUUUAUUAACUGAGAACAAACUGACCAAGUGAAUCUUUCAUGUAAAUACUGGUUUUAAAGUGUCUUCUGAGCCUUGCAGGUUGAGAGCCCCACCUGCUGGUCAGAGGCAGAACUGUCCUGACUUCAUGAAUGGCAGAAGGAAACUGCAUCCCAGUGUUGUGCUGUCUGGAAUUUAAGUGAAGAACUUAAUUCUUUUCCCUUGGAGAACUGUUUGUUGGGCAGAAGUAGCUUUUGCUGAAGAAUUGUCUCCUCAGUCCAUGUCUGUUUCUCAGUCGUGUGCCGAGGAUUGUCCACCAUUUGUUUCUGAGCACAAGAGUAAGAUGCUCCCUGAGUCUCUGUGUAGAGUGUCUCAUGUGUUGCUGCAGUAGUUUGCAAUGUGUGUUAGUUACUAUAAGUAUUACAGAACCAAAACAAGGGUUGUUCUUGGCUAAGCUAUUGCUUGGUAUAUUGUGUUGAGUACACUGGGUUUGCUACCAAGACGGAAAGUUGUUUCUCACCAUGCUUAAGUUGUUCGGCAGAUGUCAAUCAGUUUACUCAAGGGAACUAAAAACAGCAGAAGAGGUUCCACCUGACCUUUGCAAGCUGUUGCUUAUGAGGAGCUACAUGUUUAGUGGAUGCCUGAGUGUUUAUCUAAACGAAACUCUACUCCCACAUUUUAUU